AUGUCCUUCGAUAGAGUCCUCCCACGCCCACCGGCGCUCUACGAUGAGCCUGGAGCUCGACUCCUGCACAGACAAUCAAGCAGUCUCUUGGAACACAAAAUCAUGAAUAUGAGCGAACGCACCAGAGCAGCAGCCAUGUCACUUGUCUCUGUUGGAGAGAUUCAAACGAGCAGACCAGCCAUUGAGCCUGACAAUUGCUCGACGGCCUUGUCCCAGAUGCAGCUUUCUGCUAUCAAUCGGGAGCAAGCUGUUCAGAAUGGCCAACUGACGGCUAGCUUCUCUGCGGCGUCAACUAGACAAAACACUCCAGUGCUCGCAACUGUCGAAUCGACGGCAAAUGGAGCUGAAGAUAGAUCGGCUUCACGCAGUCCCACUAGAUUGGAGGCUGCUAAAGAGGUGGCUGCGCAAUUUUGUUUGUGUCAGCCUGACCCCAAGAUUCCGAGGCCGAGAAAUGCAUUCAUUCUGUACAGGCAGCAUUACCAGGGGGCCGUCGUUGCCCAGAAUCCUGGACUUGCAAACCCGGAGAUCUCCAAGAUCAUCGGAGAGCAGUGGCGUUCGCUAUCACCGGAAAGCAAGGACCAAUGGAAAGCUUUGGCGGAGGCUGAGAAAGCCCGACAUCAACAACAGUACCCAGACUACCGAUAUCAGCCACGACGUUACGGUCGUGACUAUAAUUCUCGCAACGGGUCGGCUUCGGGCAAUCAGGGUUCAACGACAUGUAAUCGAUGUGGAGGAAAGCUGAUGAACCCGCCUUCCACGCCCCAUACGCCCCUGACUGCCACCAUACCGCCAACCAAUAGUCGUUCUAUGGGCUCAGUGUCUCCUCAUGCUGGAUCCUCUUCUUCCACAUCCUCUUUUUCUUCUCGAGGCAACAACGACAAGUCAAAUCGUCGUCCAAAUGAAUUGCUCAUACCGACUGAUACAGAUCGUCGUAUGUUCAGCAACCAGUGGAAAGAACCCGAUUCCGCACCUGUAGACAACAAACGUCGCCGUUUGAAUGGUGGCACGUCUCAACGCACUGAGAGCCCUGAUACGGAGCCUUACUCUCUUUCGUCCCAAAAGACUUAUGUCUCUCGACCGGGUGUCGCUUAUUUCCGGAGUCAUGUGGAGUCGAUGUCGAACACUGGGCUUAUUCACCAGCAACAACAGCCACCACGACACGAAGGUGACGGUUAUUAUGAUCCGAGUCUGACGCUUCCGCCAUUAAAAGCAGAUGGCAACUCUCCUUGUUCGCCUUCUGCUACAACUCGCAUCCAGACUGAUAGCGUGAUGACAAUCCCUGUCUUGAAUAAGAUCCAGCUUUUAGCCAAAAUAUCUCCUCCGCUUUCUGGGCGAGACAAUACACCGUCCCGAGGCGCCGUUAUUGCAGUUGACGGCCAGGACGCAGCUCAGGUCAAGGUCAUGAUGAAAUAUCUUGGUCAGCUUCUCAUGGAUGACGGAAAAUACGUUGUCCGAGUUUUCGAAGGGCCAGAUAUCCUUGCUCGCAACGAAUCGGCUCCUGGUGAGAUGAAGAAUGCUAUGGUCGAAUAUAUGAGCAUUAUUUCAAACUGGCAUCGCAUCUCAAAUGAAAUUAUCCAAUUCAUCAGCCCGAAAUCUUCAGGGUCCGCUUCCAGCGAGUCUUCAACCGGCUGCAGCACCAGAUCACCGGAGUCUUCAGGUAGCUGCCCAACAGCCAGCCCUUCACCAACGCUGUCUCAAUAUAGCGCAUCACUCAUUCCCAUUGCACUAGUUCCUAGAUACCAGCUCACAGCCGCCGACGCAUAUGCCUGCAAAACUCCGGUUAAUGACUGUUACACAUUUCUGGACCAUUGGCAAUGGAUGGCCUCCCUGUGGCGGGGRUGCAUCGGCCCUGACGKGAUCGUACACAUUCGAAAUUGUGAGUGUGAAGAAAUCGAGCGUCAUGGCCCCGGUAAUCCAAACCCUGUAGAGAUACGGCUUGACGAAGCACGCACCUUGGUCGUUCGACGAGUGCCUGAUCCGUCAAAGGACAUCGAGGAAAAAGCAUUGAGACGUGUCGGCUUCGAGAUUGAGGACUUUCUCACUCGGUGA